UAUUUGAAAUGCUACACUUGGCCAUAUUCAAUAUUCAAUAUAAUUUUAAAAUAUAUUUCAAUAAAAAAAUAUAUAUAUAUAUAUACACACUGUAUGUUGAAAUGCGUUUUUAUUACAAAAAAUAUGAAACAUAUUUUUAAAAAAUACAUUUCAAAUAUACUGUAUGUCCAGGGGCGGACUGACCAUUUGGAAACUCGGGCACUGCCCGAGGGCCCGGGAUGUCCCUGGUACCUUUUUCAUAGGCUUUUUUGAGUUUGGGCAAGGACACAGGGGCCCCAUGAUCCCCUAUUGCCGGGGGCCUCAUGAG